AUGGCGUCACGGAGGAUAGAUGCUGCAAACAACAAUAUAGAUCGGAAUAAUGUAAAAAAUAAGAACAUCGGUAUCCGGGAUAAAUACCCCUUCCAUUCCGGUCACACAAUUACCCAACAAGUAGAAAAGCUUCAAAUUACAACCACAUCAAAUAACAUGCAGCUAUUGGAGUAUGCAUCUUUCAACUUAUUUAUCGCCUUACAAGGUGUAUCGGUUGAGAGCCUAGAAGACAAUAUUUCUAAUCGAGCAUGCGGACUCGAAAUUCUCGCCUCAU